UUCAUAGAGCGAAGACUCCGACCACCUUCCUUCCUUGCUGUGACCCAACCACGGUUAAGCAGCCUAACCUGCAACAGAGGCUCCCUCUACCAAUGGCAUAACAUAUCCUAAGACUGUAUUUAUCGCCUGCCCACCUGCGUACAAACCAGAAGGAUCUAUGCAGGCUACGAUACGGUUACAUUAAAAUCCUCUUUGCAAAUGAAUGGAGAGGACAACAAAAAUGCACUCAUUUUGCCGUGAAUUAACACAAACCAGAUUCGGAUUCAGAUUCUUCUUCGCGGUCCUGCUGAUAUGUUGUUGUUAUCUCCGUCUCUGCUCGGCUUUAACGGCGGAUGGCAUGAGUCUGUUGGAGCUGAAGAAGUCCUUUAGAGCGUAUGGACCUUCUAGCCCCUUUUUGGAUUGGAACGAGAAUGAUGCAGAUCCGUGCUCAUGGACGGGAGUUACCUGCAACUCUAGGUCGGGGCGUGUUACGGCUCUUAAUAUUAGCGGGCUGUCUUAUUGCGGCCCCGGCCCUCUGUCGGAAACUUGCCCCACCAAUGUGACCUCUGGCCAGAAGCUUGGCUGCACGGGGACUAACGGAGCCAUAGCUGGAGCCGCCAUCGGGAACUUGACGGAGCUGCGGGCCUUAUCCCUGCCUGCCAAUGGACUUGGUGGCGGCAUACCUGUUGAGAUCGGUAAGUUAAGUUUUUUGCAAGUAUUGGAACUGCAAAGCAAUUCUUUGACAGGCUCUGUUCCUGUAGAGUUAAGUAAACUGUCUGCCCUGCGGGUGCUUAACCUGGGUUACAAUUCAUUAGCCGGGGGAAUACCUGUUGAGCUUGGAAAAUGUUUGAAAUUGGAAACCCUAAUUUUAGAAGGGAACUUGCUCAACGGGAGCAUCCCAGGAACUCUAGGAAGGCUGACCGCGCUUAGGGUUUUGUCUCUUUCAUACAACCAGAUUGGUGGCCCGAUUCCUGUGGAUCUUACAAGGGGUUGUAGGUCCCUGGAGCAUCUGAGGCUUUCGGGGAAUUUUCUGGUUGGUGGGAUUCCCCCUCAGCUGGGGAAUUGUGGUCGCCUGCAGUCCGUUUUGUUGUUUUCCAACAUUCUAGAAGGUAGCAUACCCAGAGAGAUCGGUCAGCUCUCUAUGCUAGAGAGUCUGGAUGUUUCACGGAACAGCUUGACCGGAGAGAUACCUGCAGAGCUUGGAAACUGCAGGAAUUUAUCAGUGUUGGUCCUCACAAAUUUGCUGGAUUUUACACCUGCAAAGGGGCUAAACAGGGAUGACAUUUAUUCUCCUGGGCUAAAAGGGGAGUUCAAUAUGUUCAGUGGGGCCAUUCCCGGCAGCCUUGUGAGACUUCCCCAUUUGAAGAUUCUUUGGGCGCCCAGGGCAAACAUGAAUGGUUCCAUGCCUGCUGAUUGGGGUGACUGUGAGGAAAUGCAGAUUCUGAAUUUAGGCCAGAACUUGAUAACUGGUGGGUUCCCAGAAGGUUUGUUGAAAUGCAAGAGAUUGUUUUACCUGGACUUAAGCUCAAAUGGGCUUCAUGGAGAUGUUCCAGAUCAGCUUCCGGUGUCUUGCAUGGCACUGUUCAACAUCAGUAGAAAUUCAUUGUCUGGCCCCAUUCCUGAUUUUGUAAAUACUAGUUGCUCCCAGCAAGUGCGUCCGCUAUUUCCAAGAAAACAGCUUCCUUUAGGAAUGCUGGAUGUUUCACUGAGAGAAGAUGACCUUGGGUUCUUCUAUUCCUCUCUCUUUUACUGUGGUUCUUGGGAAGACAAUCUAAUUGCAACUACUGGAUUUAGGGGUCUGAUUGUGUCUCAUGAUUUUGGUGGGAACAAUUUUACGGGCCCAGUUCCAACAUCUCUGAUAGGGAAUGGAUUAUUAAAAGAGCAGCCAUCUUAUGAACUCUUUCUUAAUGAUAACAAACUUGUGGGGAAUAUUUCAAAUGACCUUUUUGCUUCAUGUGAAAGUUUACAGAGCUUUUCCCUGAACUUGAAUAUCAACCAAAUUUCAGGAGAAAUUAAUUCGGAGGGGCUUCUAAACUGCAAGAGUUUGAAGCACUUGGAGGUGACAGGUAAUCAGAUUGGCGGCCACAUACCAUCAAAGCUUGGCAGCUUGGAGGGGCUGAUGCAUCUUGACUUGAGCACAAAUUAUUUGAAGGGAACUCUACCUCCCCAGUUAGGACAGUUAAGAUAUCUGCAGUACCUUGCUUUGGCAGAAAACAAUCUUAUAGGUGAAAUUCCAGGAACUAUUGGUCAGUUGUUUUCACUAAUCGAGCUAGACCUUUCAUCAAAUGCUCUUACGGGUGAAAUUCCUGGAGGUUUGACUAAUCUGACACACCUCAGUACUCUUAUUCUUGACACAAAUAAACUUUCAGGACAUAUUCCUAUAGGUUUAGCAGAUUUAACUGCUCUUGUAACCCUGAAUGUUUCUUUCAAUAAUUUGUCUGGAUCAAUUCCUGUGUUGGGAAAAUCAGCAACCUGUGACAAUUUUAGAGGUAACAAAUAUCUCCAGCCAUGUGUUGAGUCAUUGUUAACAUCAUCCCCGCGGCCAAGUGCUUCUCUUCCAUAUGCCUCCUCACUUUCAGAUAUUUCCAAACCACAUCGAAGUAAACUGACCUCUAUUGAAAUUGCAGCCAUAGCUUCAGGUUGUGCUAUUUUUUUUGUGGUUGUAGUCCUGGGUCUGGCUUUAGUGUUUGGAAAACGAUGUGUAGCCGGAUUCUCUCAUAAUCAGUCUGGAAGAAAAGAUAUUGUCACCUUUUCAUUUGUUGGGUUUGAGCUUACAUAUGAAAAUGUGGUGAGGGCUACUGGAAACUUUAGUGUUGGCAAUUUAAUUGGCAAUGGUGGAUUUGGGGCUACCUACAAGGCUGAGUUGACCCCAGCAUUGAUAGUGGCAGUAAAAAGACUUGCAGUGGGACGCUUUCAGGGGGUUCAGCAAUUUCACACAGAAAUUAAAACUCUUGGAACUGCACGUCAUCAAAAUCUUGUCACAUUGGUAGGUUACUAUGCCAGUGAAUCAGAGAUGUUUCUGGUCUACAACUAUUUGCCAGGAGGCAACUUAGAAAGUUUUAUUCAUGAGAGAUCAAACAGAAAUUUUGAUUGGCGCAUCCUUCACAAGAUUGCAUUAGACAUUGCCCAGGCUCUAAGUUAUCUACAUGAUUUUUGUAUUCCUCGUGUGCUGCAUCGGGAUAUUAAGCCCAGCAAUAUAUUACUCGACAAUGAUAUGAAUGCAUAUCUCUCUGACUUUGGUCUGGCCAGGCUUCUGGAGGUCUCUGAAACCCAUGCAACAACAGAUGUAGCUGGCACUUUUGGAUAUGUCGCACCAGAAUAUGCUACAACAUGCCGUGUGUCCGAUAAGGCAGAUGUUUACAGCUAUGGGGUGGUACUGCUAGAAUUACUUUCUGGUAAGAGGUCUCUAGAUCCAUCAUUUUCUUCUUAUGGCAAUGGAUUUAACAUUGUUGCCUGGGCAUUGAUGCUUCUUAAUGGAGGCCGGGCUCGUGAGAUUUUUGUCCCAGGAUUGUGGGAUUCUGGGCCUCAUGAUGAUCUAAUAGAGACACUUCAUCUUGCUGUUAAAUGUACAGUAGACACACUUUCAGCCAGGCCUUCAAUGAAGCAAGUCGUGAGGUGUUUAAAACAAUUUCAACCACCUUUAAGGAGUUAGUAAAUCCUUCAAUUUCUUUUCUUGAUAUCAAUGUCAAGGCCCCUUUUAGAUACAGUCUUUGUCAUUUGUAGUCUAGUGAGGCAUCUCACUGGAUCUAGGCUUUAUUUUCUGGGAAUUAUUGACCUGAAAUCUGUAAAAAUUUUGAGAGCCCUUCAUUUGUCUUUUUAAACAGUAGAUAUUUGCCUAUACACCAAUGAUUUUACUGGCCCAUGUUUGGCAUGCCAAUGCCCAUAGGGAUUUUCUGUUCAUAUAUUGUAUUUAUUCUACAUGAUUAAUGUUUCUGAAUGAAAUUCUAUUAAAAAAGAUGUUUUUGUUCA